AUGGAGCGGGAGCCGCUGCCGCCGCCGUUGCCGCAGCAGCAGCAGCAGCAGCAGCAGCAGCAGCAGCCGCUGCCGCCGCCGCCGGAGCAGCAGCCCGCAGGCGGCGCCGGCGGCGCCGGCAGCUUUGGCGCCCCCGCCGGCCCCGGCCUCGGCUUGGCGCCCGAGCCGGCCUCCCCGCCGCCGCUCCGGCCGCAGGCGCCGUUCGGCGCGCUCGGCCCGGGGCCGCCGCCGCUGCUGCUGCAGCGCGCCUUCCCUGCCGCCCCCGUGCGGGCGCCAGAGAGCCCGCCGGCGUCGCAGCGGCACGGCGUGCGGCGGAGGGCUCCAUGGCCCGCGGAGGCCGCGUUUCUCGGGGGCGGCGGCGGCGCCAGCAGCGGUGACUCAUCUGCCAGCUCAGUGUCGGGGCAGCCGAUGGAGGAGUGCGACCCCUAA